UGGUUUAAACGAACAAGACUAUUCCACCAAUCAGGAGACACUCAGCAACCGCAUAAACCGGAAGUCACGUUCACGCACCGCGGUAGGGCAAAGCGAAAACGCUAAAGGCGGCGACGCAGUCAUGUGGCCUGUAGUUUGGACCGCCAUGCGGACCUACGCCCCGUACAUCACCUUCCCGGUGGCCUUUGUGGUCGGAGCGGUGGGCUACCACCUGGAGUGGUUCAUCAGAGGGACGCCAAAACCUCGCGAGGAGGAGAAGAGCAUCCUCGAACUGAGAGAAGAGAGGAAACUGCAGGAACAAAUCGGGAUGGACAGCACGCAGGUGCUCAGCCUCAAGGAGAAACUGGAGUUUACGCCUAAAGCUGCUCUCAACAGGAACCGUCCUGAAAAGAGCUAACUAACCCUUUCAACCGCAGACAACAUUACUCAUCACAAUGACUGGACAACCAAUGCUCCUCAUGGCUGGUCCCCAUAUAAGUCUGUGUGCAUGUCAUCAUCAUGUACUUUAUGUGUAAAUUCUCAUGUGUUUUUAAACUGUGAUACACACACACUGCAAAUACAGGAAACCUGUCUGUGUCAAAUGAAAGGAAAAAAUGUCCGGUCUUUUCAGCUGCAAUUUAUGGCCAAAAGUAUUGAGACAUGCCUUUAAACAAAGCAAGUGUUGGGCUUUGUGUACCAUUACCUUUGGCCACACAAUGUAGAUGUGCUCUGUUGCUUUUACCAUAUUCUUUCUAUAAUUUCUUCACCAAAGGCAAUUUGUUUUUCAACGUAUGGGGGGGGGGGCGUCAGGUUUUUGAUGGUUAUGCAUUAUGCAGGAACUCUGUGAUGUAUGUUAAGCAGCUUAGUCCUGUUUUUGUGUAGAACGGCACCACUUUCAUUUUGGAAAAUUCUCCACUUUGCACUAAAGGCCUAUCACACUGCGUGUCAUGUGAAAACUGGUUGAAUAAAGUUAGAAUUGUUGAACUCUUGAGCUGCCGGGAGUUAAUUAUUCCGGCCACAGGGCCCAUGUCUAAUGGCGACUGGUGAGGAAUGCGACUUCAAAAGAUUCAGAAGGACGGGGCGGCCGCGGAUUUCAAUUCACAGGGGAAAUACGAACCGAGCACUGAAAGGCAAAAAUAGAAUGCUAAAGGGAAAGCGGCCAAUGGCGUCAAAUGUAGAUUUUUGUCAGUUCUGAGAAAGAAAUUGUGGUUAAAAAAAAUAAAUAAAUCAUAAAUACGGCUUCAGUGGGAAUUUGUCAUGGCUUUGAGGACUGCGAGUUAUAAAUUGGUCUUUGUGUGCCUUUUAAAAUAAGAAAUGCAGAGAAUUUUGUUUUUGCAAGCCUUUCCUGAUUUGAAUAAUAAAAGCUAAUGUCUUCUUCACAGCGUACCAAAAAGUUAAUUCAGAUCAACUCGUGAAAUGGUUAACAAUUAAGUGGCCCAGUAACACAU